ACUCAGAACAAAACCCAACCAAGAGAGGGAGAAAGAAAGCUGCCCAAAACUCUCUCCCAACUGAGAAUGGCGACUCUUUCCCUUUGUGCUUCGUCUCUUGCAGCAAAAUCAGCAGCAGCUCCGGCACUAUCCUCAACAACCCCGUCAAUGCCCCUUUCUCAGUCCCAAACUGUUGCUUUCCUCUGUCACUCUCUAUCAUCCCUCAGACUCACCACACCUUGUUCUAAAAGGGGCACCCCAUCCUCUUCCUUUGUUCCCAAAUACUCCGAGACUGAGGCAGCAGCACCUUCUUUAACUGAACCACCUGAAACUGAAAUUGUUGAAAGCCCAGUUCAGCAACAACCCAAAAAGGAAGAAGUGUUUGCCGUUGUUAUGAUUGGAUCACGGCAGUACAUUGUUAUCCCCGGCCGAUAUAUCUACACUCAAAGGCUUAAAGGUGCAAAAGAGAAUGACAAAAUAAUUCUGAAUAAAGUUUUGCUGGUUGGAACUAAAACAAGCACUUACAUAGGAAAACCAGUGGUGCCUAAUGCAGCAGUUCAUGCUGUUGUGGAAGAGCAGCUACUGGAUAAGAAGGUCAUUGUUUUCAAGUAUAAGAAGAAGAAGAAUUACCGCAGGAAUAUUGGUCACCGACAGCCAAUUACACGGAUAAGGAUAAUGGGCAUCACUGGUUAUGAGGACUCGCCAGCAGUAACACUUCCAUAGAUGAGUUUUGUGCAAAGUUUGAGUUUUGGGCUGGAUGAAUUCAUCAGAUAUGUUUUUCUUUCAGUUCCUAUUCACUCUGUAAUCUAUUUGAGGCAGGACAACGAGGCAGACUCUUGUGAGGCCUUCCUUUGUGGAGAUCUCUCAUGGUUUGGUUCUUUACUCUAGCAAUGACAGUAGUGUAAAUUGUCUGAUAUUGUUUGGAAUCUUUAACCGUGAUAGUGCAAGUUGGACUCAAAUUUUUCGGAGCCAACGAUAGAAACUCAGUUAAAAAAAGGCACUGUCUAAUUAUUUCACAUUCUUCGCAGUUUUGCAGAGGGCUUCAGCACA